GCUACGAGCAAAACACAGUUGGUGGUGGCAGUUGACAGUUACAAGAACAGUUAAGGAUGUGUGUGUGUGUGUGUGUAAUGUUUUAUUGUUUAACUUUAUUGUUCUGGAUAGAUAUACAGGAAAUUGCUUUGUUUUGAAACCCGAAUUGACUUUGAAGUCCCAGGUGUCUUUUCCAGUAAAUUAACCGAGAAUGUUUCUUUUGGUUUUCAUUUUUACUACGAUCGCACAGCAGGGAUAAAGGACACCUUGAAGGCAGCAUAUCCUUUCUUCCCUCUCCCUCCCUUCGCCCCUCCUCCCUCCCUCCCUACACUUUAGUCCGAAGCAUCUCUGAGUCGGGUUAACUGCGAUGGUCAGCUGAAGGUAAAGUCCAUCUCUGUGUCGCACGUGCAGUGGACAGACGGUGAGAGGUGAUGGACGUCUUCAGCACAGCUGCGCUAUAAAUAAGAAGUGGUACUCCUGUCCGUGUAAGGUAACGCCCGGCAAUCACUUACUGGAGGUGCUGACUGACAGUGGCCGUGUCAGGGGCAGUAAGCGGAGAUGAGCUGUCACCCAGCUCUCUGUUCCCGUGUGAGAAAUGGACAAGGAGACCACCGAUGUGUCAACGCCUCUUGACCCCCAGACCCCUGCCCCUACAACAGCUUAGAGAAGAAAGAAUUUGCGGAUUACCCAAAGCUGCAAUGGGUUGGCCUCCCCCUACCACUCCCACCACAGAUAAUUCAUAUCCAUUCUGCAGCCAGUUGGUCCUCCAGUCGUGCUCGGAGAUUCUUUGGACCCAGCCACUCCCCUAGUGACCACUGUGCUUCACUGGACUGAGGGAGACCAUGGAACCUCUUCCAGUCCACCUUCUUUCACUCUCAGUUCUCCUCAUGUCCCUGCUCCUCAUGGUUCACCCCUGCACUUCCUACAGGGUACCAAUUAUGGAGAGAGCAUCUGGCCCAGAUCCCCCACAACCCACAGGCAACUCAUCUGGAAAGCGUUCAUGCACCGAUGCUGUUGUGUGUAAACCUGGAAUCCUUCUGCCAGUGUGGCUGCCACUCAACCCUCCAUUGGGGGAGCAGGCAGGGAGAGCAAUCAUCUACUUCCUCUGUCUCCUGUACAUCUUCAUGGGUGUGUCCAUCAUUGCCGACCGCUUCAUGGCAUCAAUAGAGGUCAUCACCUCUCAGGAAAAGAAAGUGACCAUCACCAACUCUAAUGGAGAAAAGACAGAAACAACAGUAAGAAUUUGGAAUGAGACGGUGUCCAACCUCACUCUCAUGGCCCUGGGCUCCUCUGCACCUGAGAUCCUGCUCUCUAUUAUUGAGGUGUGUGGUCACAACUUCCAUGCAGGUGAGCUGGGCCCAAGCACCAUCGUGGGCAGCGCUGCUUUCAACAUGUUUGUGAUCAUUGGUGUGUGCGUAUCAGUAAUCCCUGAUGGAGAAUCUCGCAAGAUCAAACACCUACGUGUGUUUUUUAUCACAUCUUUCUGGAGUAUUUUUGCCUACAUUUGGCUGUACCUCAUACUAGCCGUCAUCUCCCCUGGAAUUGUGGAGGUAUGGGAGGGCAUUGUGACGCUGCUUUACUUUCCGGUGUGUGUUCUCUUGGCUUGGAUUGCUGACCGUCGCCUUCUUUUCUACAAGUAUAUGCACAAACGCUACCGCGCAGACAAACGUCACGGCAUAGUUGUGGAAAUGGAAGGUGACCUUGCGCCUAAAGGCAUUGAUGUCAUCAUGGAUGGAAAGAUGUCAGACAGCGGCGCAGGUCCAGAAAACUCCACAGCAACAGUCUCUGUACAAACAGGGAAAGAACUGGAGCAGGACAAAGAGGAGGUGGUCCGUAUCCUCAAAGACUUGAAACAGAAACAUCCAGACAAAGACCUGGACCAGCUCAUCGAAAUGGCCAACUACUCUACUUUAGUGCACCAGAAGAAGAGCCGGGCCUUUUACCGUGUGCAGGCGACACGCAUGUUGAUUGGUGCUGGUAACAUACUGAAGAAACACGCUGCUGACCACACUCGCCGCGCAGGAGGCCAGGGAACAGACAAAGCCACGUGUUCACACAUUUGCUUUGAAAGUGCCCAGUACCAGUGCACUGAGAACUGUGGCUCUCUGAGCCUCGGGGUGAUCCUCGAUGGGGGCACAGGACAGAAUACUUUCUAUGUAGACUACUGCACAGAAAAUGGCUCAGCAAAUGCUGGGGCGGAUUAUGAGUUCACUGAAGGAACCCUGGUGUUUAAGCCUGGAGAGACUCACAAGGAGAUCAAGGUUGGUAUACUGGAUGAUGACAUUUUUGAAGAGGAUGAGCAUUUCUUUGUGCGUCUUUGCAAGUUGAGAACUGAAGAAGGUGGAAACGAAGGCACAGGAAAUCCACCCAAGGGCAGACUAGUGGAGCCUAUGACGGCCACCAUCACUAUCUUGGACGACGAUCAUGCGGGAAUCUUUACCUUUGGCCAGCAGGUGCUGCGAGUGGGCGAGAACACAGGCACACUGACGGUGACGGUAGUGAGGAAUUCAGGAUCCAGAGGAACUGUAGCGGUGCCGUACCACACAGAGGAUGGCACUGGACGAGCUGGGGUGGACUACGAAGAGACCAGAGGGGAGCUGGAAUUCACCAAUGAACAAACCAGUCAGACCCUACAGGUGCACAUCUUAAAUGUGGCCGAAUAUGAGAAGCAGGAGAACUUCUUUAUCGUACUGGAAGACCCUAAGUGGUUGAAGCGAGGCCUUUCAGCAUUGCUGCUAAACCAAGGAAACCCCAGUCCUGAGGAGGAGGAAGCCAGGAGAAUCUCUGAAAUGGGAAAACCGAUUCUGGGAGAGCACAGGAAGCUGGAGGUCAUCAUAGAGGAGUCCUGUGAGUUCAAGAGCACAGUCGACAAACUUCUGAAAGACACAAACCUGGCUGCAGUAUUGGGUACUCAUUCAUGGAGAGAACAGUUCAUUGAAGCAGUCACAGUCAGUGCUGGUAAUGGUGAUGAAGAAGAAGGACAAGAACAGCGAAUGCCAAACUGCUUUGACUAUUUCAUGCACAUAUUGUGCAUUUUUUGGAAGAUUUUGUUCGCUUUUGUUCCACCCACCCAGUACUGGAAUGGCUGGGCAUGCUUCAUUGUGUCCAUCUGCGUCAUUGGUUUCUUAACUGCUCUUAUUGGAGACCUUGCCUCACAUUUUGGCUGCACUGUUGGCUUGAGAGAUGCUGUUACUGCUGUGGUCUUUGUGGCAUUGGGGACUUCACUUCCUGAUACUUUUGCCAGUAAAGUGGCUGCCACUCAGGACCAGUACGCAGACGCAUCUAUAGGAAAUGUGACAGGAAGUAAUGCAGUCAAUGUGUUUUUGGGUAUUGGAGUGGCCUGGUCAGUGGCUGCUGUAUAUUGGGAGGUCAAAGGUAAGGUCUUUCGUGUGGAGCCUGGAUCACUGGCCUUUUCUGUUACACUCUUCACCAUUUUUGCCUUAUUCACUGUGGCACUACUAAUGGUACGCCGGCGGCCGUCCAUAGGUGGUGAACUGGGGGGCUCACGAGUCCCCAAAACCCUUACCUCAUUGCUGCUUUUUGGACUCUGGUUUCUCUAUGUCCUUUUCUCCAGUUUGGAGGUAUAUUGCCAUAUCAAAGGUUUUUAAGAGAGAGGUUU